CCGAACCUCAGUUUGUGCCAGAAAGUCUUAGAAGAAUGUGCGCGUGAUAAAUCCGAUUGAAACAAUUGAUGUGUUGCAAAUACGAAACUUGCUUUUUAAUAUCCAGGCAAAUUUUCCAGGUUGUUUUUUUCGUUAUUGCUCAACUUUUAGUUCAAUGUCUUCCAGGAUUUCUGCUAGGCUUUAGGUAGAAUGACUGAAUAGUCACAAUGAUUAAUGAACUGAUUAAUUAUAUUUGGUUGAUUUUCUUUCGAUAUUUUUAUGCCCCUGAGAGGGCAAUCGAAGGUAAAUAUGUUAAAUCUUCAAUUGGGAUAAUCGUCGGUUAUAUGAUACUGCAGCAAUGCCUAAGCAGUAAGAGGAAACAAAGCGAUCCAGACUUCCGAGAAUCUCUUAGCCAGAACUUGAAACUCACUUGCCCUAAAAUGUCUAACAUGCAAGUGUCUGUUCCUCAAAGUGGAGCCGUAUGCUCCGCAAACCGGGAGGAAGAGAGUGAAUCUGUUGAAGAAACCACCUUGACUGAAGUGCGUAAAGAUUUGGGAAACUCGAAAAUGCAUCAGAAAACUGCGACUUUCGAAGGACAGGAAAACUCCUCUGUAGUGGAAGAUCAUCGAACUCAGCAAACUGAAUCCACCAAAAGCGUGAUGCAACAGGAAACGAGCACAAUUUCCGCAAACAAACAGUUUUUCAGAGAUCUGUUUCGUCUCUGGAUGUUAGUGCUUAGAGAACGAGCACUGGAUCUGCAAGAAGAACACAACUCAAACACACGUCCGCCCAAUAUUUCUCCAUCAAACCCACAGCGGAAUUAUUACCAGCCUUUGCCAGUUGAUCCAACAAAAACAUUUGAACCUCUCAAACCCUUCGAGCCUCUUAAGCCUUUUGAGCCACCCAAACCUUUCGAGCCGCUUCAGCCAUUUGAAACCCCGAAAUCCUUUGAACUUACCAAACAAGUAGAAGAUCAACGAUCAAAUGUGAAUCGGGAGCCUCUAAUUUAUGAAAUUGAGAACAUUUAUUCAGACGCAUUGGCGAAGAUUGGCAAUAUUGGAUCUAACAACCAACCUAGUAAUCAAUGGAAUGGGGACUGGUCGAAAGAAAAAAAUGUCCAGUUAGACUUGAGUGAGAAAAAGUCGACUACGAGUAACUCAAACGGGGACAUCAACAGAUCAGUUUCUCCCAAUCCGGCAGCAAUACAGAAUCAAUCCAUUGAAGGGGGCACUGAGCUGGAAAUUCCACCUCCUUUGGACUACACCAAGCUCUUAGAUCUUGAGCCUAUGAAAGACUCAAAUAACAACGAGAACACAAGUUCAUGGCUGCCUUCAGGAUAUGUUCCGGUGGAACCUUUGUCACCUCUAAACCUCUCAGAUUUAGAACCUUCACAACCUCCACUGGUUCCUCAAAUUACUUUAACAAGCGACAGUAAUACCGAUGUACCAACGGUUCUGGCAACGCAAGAAGGUAAAGCGGAAAUCAAAGACGGGAUUAUCAAGAAUUCACUGAAAGAGAUUAUUUCGGAUCUGGAUCACUAUGCUGAAAAGGACAAGGAGUUGAGGCAGGAUGGUGGUGGUAUGUUGCCAUCUCUUCAGCAGGAUUUAUUGAGACAAAAUCAUAACAAAAUCUGGAAACCGAAUCAGAGAAAUACCUGGGUUGCCACACUACCAUCAGGCCUACCUACCAAACCGCCAAAAUAUCGUCCCAUGUCUGUACCACCCGAAAGCACAUUCAAUCAUUAUCAUUUCAAUCAGAUAAACAAUGAAGUUUUGGACAAAUUUAGUGACCUGGAUAAAGCUCAGGAUGAGAAUGCUCCACCUCCAAAGCCAGUCAACUUGGAAAAGAUUUUUACUCCCGCAGAUGGAGAACAAAUACAACCUAAAACUAACAGAAAGAUGUUUGCAUCGUCUGCUUUUUACGAAAAGGGUUUUCAUCCCACUGUUGAGGAUCAGGUGGAGCUGGCGAAAAGAAUUUCGAGUUCACUGACUGAUAUCAGCAACCAAAGCAGCAAAGGUUUGCAGAUGUACGUUAACAGGAAGAAGAGGUCCGUGAAAUGGGUUCAUGAAGGAGAAGGAAAAGGCACCCUUAACGGUUCAGCUCAGACCGACGAUGGCUCAGGAAAGCCAAAAGACCCUCUCAAGCUUGUUAUGAACCCGGCUGGCCAAAUACAGGACAUAAAUUCACUCAGAAAACAAGGAUACACUAUUGAAACCGCUCUCUCUCCAGAAGUUUGCUUGGAAAUUGUAAAAGGAUUAAAUUCGCCAAAAGGAAAAGGUGCUGAAUUAUUUGCAAAACGACGCAAGCGAUCGGAAAAGUGGGUCGUUGCAGAAACCAACGGAACCAGACCGUCCUCAACCAUCCCAGACGUAUCUCCAUCUCCUGUACCAAUUAUACCAAUUACUCCGCCUGGAAAUAUCCCACCGCCAAGUUACUUGCCUGAAACCCAGCAGCGAUUGGCUCACAAGGAAAAAUUGGACGAAAUUCAAGAAAAGUUUACUCGUCCUCGUAUCAAGCUGAUCAAAUCUCCUUGGGACGCUGCUUUGGAAACUGGAUCAGUAGACGCAGCUUUUCAAGUGGAACCCGUUUGGCCCACCAAAGGAAACUUUGUGGCACCUGCAGUCAAUUCUUACGAGCAAGCUCUAAAAACCGACAACCUGGCUUCCUGGGCUAUCCCGAAAUCCAAUGGAUACAAUGAGCAAAAGACGUUUGCUCAUAAUCCAGCCUACAACAGCCAAAGCAUUAACAGAAUCGUGGAAAACUUGCAGAAAGGCAACACCAACGUCGAUGUUUACAAACCGGCACUUCCACAAGCCUGGAACGCUGGUCCCGCUAAGAAGCAACAAUACAGCAGCAUUAACGCAGCUUUAAAUAACAUCUUUGCUGACACUAAAGAAGAACCACGCCCUACAUCCCAUUUUCCUAAUAUUCCUGAUGUUUCCCAAAACUUUGAGAGCCUCGAAGCAACCAAAUCUGAAAUAAUUCGGUCCGUAACCCCAACGUUCUUAGAACCCAAGCGCGAUUUGAAAAAAGAAGCCGAAGAAGAACUAGCUAGAAAAAGGGAGGAGCGAGCUCACUCCCCUUUUCCUAUUAUUCCGGAUGUGGUUGUCGAACCGGAAGUCCUGGAAGCGGACGUGCAGUGCUUCAAGGAAAAGAAAAGCAUUGAAUCCGCAUUAAGGCCAUCGUCCCCAUUUCCCACUGUACCAGAUAUAACUCUAAACCCCGAAUUAUUAGAGAUGGAUAUAGUGGCUUUAAGGACCAGCCCCAUACCUUUCAAAGUUCAAUCUUCAGUAAGCAUUGACGACAAUUUCAGUGCAGAUGUUGAAGAUUUUCUUCCUCCACCUCCAGAAUUUAUGGACUCCGGUUCCAACACUACCCAGCAGAGUGUCCCGUUUCCAACUAUUCCAGAUAUUUCCAAGUAUCUAGCAACCGAUAAGACGGAUUCUACACUCUUUAAACCAAUUGCAACCAGGCAAUAUGCCCCAAUUUCAUUAAGCACUAAAACAUACGAAAUGAAUUGCAACCCACCUUGUGAUACUGCUCCAAAACGUUUGCUUCCUGAAUUCAAUUUCGCAUUAGCAAACAACGAAAACAGGGUUUGUGAGCAUUCGUUUAGGGGACCAACACCCGAAUCUCGCACCAUACAGUCGGAGAUGUUCGAGAGUCAGGGACACUUUAAUGCUCGGUCCAAAUCCCCCAUGGCCGUAUUUGUGCCAGAGGAGAAUUUUCCGGUGGAAACUAGUAAGAAUACUGAAGUUAAAGAAACGAAGAGCCAGGAACCCUCAGCAAGAAUUAUAAUUGAGAAAGUAACAGUGGAACCUAAAAAUCCGGAAUUCGAGGAGCAUGCCAGAAAAGUGGCAAUUGAAAACGAUAGGGAAAAGGCUGAGGCUAUCGUCUACCAGCAAGGCUGUUUUUCCGAGCUGAAGUACAUAAAAAACGCGUAUGAUAAUCUGGAUCAUUACGCCAUCAAGGGGAUUCAAGGAAUGGAUAUUGAAUAUAAGGACUUGACGCAAAACGAAAAUAACGUGCUUAAUGGCGGAAGCCCAGAGGCCAUUGAAAGCAGCAGUGAUUUCAAAAAGUAUGAUGUGAACAACAACGAAAAUCCACAAAACUUUAUUGAAUGCAAAGAGCCUUCAAACAGCAAGUCUACGGAGUUAAACAAAGACAAAGCCGCAGAAGCAAAGUCAGUGAAUGAAUCAGGAGUGAGUAAAAACACAAUAAUAGAAUCCACAAAUAACCAGAGAAGUAAAGUUAAAUCAUCGCCUCCAAAGGAGGAGGCUUGUCUAGGCAUCGAACCGAAGAUUUGCAAGAAACCCCCGGGGGCGAUCAUAGGGGCAAGGCCCUUAUUUGGAGAAUUGAACAUCAACGACGAAUUCCGAAAAGCCGUGGUUGGUCGAAAGAAGUCAAUGCAGGAGCGCAGAUAUAAGAAUACAUCGAAAAAUAUCGUUGAAUCCAAGGAGCCAAAUAAAAGCUACUUUGAGCAAAGCGAGAUUGAAUGUAGUGAAGAUGCCUGUGAAAAUUCCAGUUUGAAAAGCACGGUAAAAUCAAAGGAAAUGGCCGAAGUGGAGAUUUUUAAACCCAGCGCCAAUGAGGAAAUUGAAAAAGUGUUUUAUGAACGCAACAGGGAAGUUGAUGUAGACUUUCAGAUUGUUAAUGAGGAAAUUAUUAAUCCUGUUGGUUCGUUUAGUCAAAACCCAGGAUAUGGAUUGACUGGAACCCAAUUUUAUCAGCAAUUUCAGCCAGAAACCCAAAUAUUUAAUGGCAAAUGCAAAUCUGGAGCACAAUAUGCCCAAAUUACGCAACCACUUCAAUCGUAUGGUCAACAGCAAUUGCAUAAUGGGGCAACUAAUACUGCUUCAAAGCAAACGUUGCAAAGCGACGAUAUUAUGAGUGAUGAAGCUGAGCAAGAAGACUAUGUUAAAGUACCAGUAAAGUCCUUGAUAAAGAGCUUCGAGCAAACCAUCAUGCCUCCUAUGCAAUACAAGCAAAUUAGAGAGCCACUGCCCGAUGUAGUCGAGAAGCUCGCUCCUUCUAAAAGCCCGAAUAUCGAGCUGCAAAAACAACAAGAUGCAAACAAAACAGUUCCAAAUAUGCCAAGCAAUGGUCAUGGAAACAUUCAGCAAGAUCAAAUUUUACGAAAGGCCGAACAGGAGUUUGAUAAUCUCUACUAUGUGACUAGUUCCAAAGUUCACAGCUCCAGCUACCCCCAACCAGAUCCCAGCAAAAUGUAUUCCCUUCAACCGUCCGAGAAUAGCUCGUUUUGUAAAUAUUCCGUUUCCGACUUUGCACAGUCCUAUUCCCAAUUUAACCAAACGCAAGUGCAAUCGGUUCAGAGCUUUGCUACCAUGCGGCCUCAGGAACAUGCUUUUGAGCCACAAUUUCAAGGCUCAGCAACGCUUCCAAGGUCUCGCUCCAAGCCUCCACUAUCGCCUACGUUCAAGCCAAAUAUAGCUCCUCCCGUAUUCGUGCCAAAGGAGAGCGACAGCCCCCUGCCCAGCCUUUACUCAGCCCCCACCUACAACGCUCAUCAACCCAACACAUUGUCUGCUCCUACAAGUUAUGCGCCUCAAGCUCCUUCACAAACUUACGACGAUUCGUAUUUGUCUACACCUUUGCCUCCUCAGAGGAAAUUCAACUUGGAGAACGUGCAGAAUUACAAUACGGCUGCAAGAGGAUGGGGUCAGGUUGCCGAUGUAUACAGGCCAAUGACUUUUGAAAAGCCUAAAUCUCCAUACUCAGAUUUUUAAAUUGCCAGGGCCUAAAGGAGAUUUUAAGUUGAAUUUGCCGUGCAAAUUUUAAUUGGUUGAGUAUAUGUGGAAUUUCUGUUGUAAGGAGAUUUUUUAAAAUAUCUGACAAAGGAAAUUAAUUUUAUCGGCGUUUUAUUCGAUGUGGGCAAUCGCAGUAAGUUGCUCAAUAUUUACAAAACAUAUAUUAUAGGUAUCUGCAAAUGCUAAUGUAUCCUAGUUUGCUUUAGAGCCACAGUUUCAUCCAAUCCUGCUCUGGGAUUGCCGAAUAGAGAUGCGGCUUACUAUUUAUUAUAUUCACACAAACGACUUAUCGAAAUUUAGGUUAAUGUAUAUAAAAACUUGUUUCCAGUUUUAUUGGCUCUUUACUAACCCCCACUAUUUUCCUUGAACGAUCUAAAGCUGUUGAAUAGGAGACCUUCUCUAAUGUACCUUAGUUUCCUAUUAAUAUUGUUCUAAUUAGUUUUUUCCCGUUAAAGUGUGCCCUGUUGGUAGAUGUAGAUUUUUUUUUGAAUAUACCAGAUUGUAGUUGUCACAACCCAAACACGUAUUGUUCACACAAUAAAAUAUUAAACAAU